AUGAACAAGAGCCUUCAAAUGUGCGGAAGAAUUGGUUACGGUCACAUCGAACUUGAACUCGGUGGUGCCCUUCGACAAGAAUAUACUCCCAUUCCUCAACCUCCUCCGAAUUUAUGUAUCACUCUAUCUCGAAUGGAAAACAACAGCGAACAACAACCACCAACAACACCACAAUGGACAUCAUCAGCACACAUCAAACCACUCAAGCUACCAGCCAAAGUACUACAGAGGAAAUCAAAACCAAAACCACCAAACACUACUGAAACCAAGAACUCACCAACAAGCAACAACAACAACCCAACUCAUCACUCAAGCAAUCUACCCAACCACUCCCACCAUACAGCCCAACCAGCAAUCAGGAACUAUGCCUACCCAACAACAACAACAACAACAACAACAACCAACCACAGCAGAAACACCCUCAACUCAAGAACAACAACAACAACAACACUACCAUCCUCAUCAAAGGUCCCAAUCCUCAGUCGCUCAACCUCUUACUCUCAAUAUCAACCAGCCCCAUCAUCAUCAUCAUCAUCAUCAUCAUCAUCAUCAAUCCAGUACCACUACCUCAAACAUAGACCACCCUCACCCACCCCAUCCUCAUCCUCAUCCACCACCACAGAUCUCUUCGCAGGCCCACGAACAUCGAUCCAUCUCGACCCACUCACCGGUGAACUCCUCUCGGCUGCUCACGAUGUCAGCGCAAUGGAUGCACUCAUCGACACCCUCAAGAAUGACCCCUCCUCACCACGCCUCAAACCACAUCCACGUUCAUCCACCAGGUCAAACCCCCAGCCCCAUCCUUCCACCAACCCCUCCUAUUCAAUCCGUCCAUCCAACAUACCUAGGGCCCGUCCACCACCCUCAUCAAUAACAACAACAACUACUACUACUACUACUAAUACUACUACUGGCACUAGGAUCGGAAAGAUCCAUAGUCUAUCUACCAAUGACCUCACCGAUCACCAAUCAUCAAACCUGGCUAUUGACCUCCAACAGCCUAGCCAGUUCAACAGACCCGAUCUAUUCCCCCACUCGCCCCACUUCAACCCCCGUGAAUCAACCAGAUCAGCUCAAUCCAAACUCUCUCUCCGCUGCCUCUCAAGAUCAUCCCAUCCCUCCCAGCUAGUCCAAUCAAACCCCUCCUCCAACCUCACCUCACCCAUCCAAGUUACCUCCCCCUCCCAAGUACAUCUAACCUCAGCACCACUCCCAACCCCUCCACUCUCAGCCAUCCCGAGCAUCAAUGGAAUCAUCGAAAAAUACUCCAAAAAACUUCACUAUCCUCCUGUUCCUCCGGCUCGAUCCCCUCAGCUGAAGAUUGACUCAAUCGAUGAGAUUGUUGAAAAGUAUAAUCCAAUCCUCAAACGUUCAACCCGUCAAGACUUCAAUCAACAACAACAACAGCAACAAAAACAGCAACAACUCACAACUCAUACCCAAUCUAAUCCCAAACACCUCUCGCCCGUCCAAGAUAAGCAUCAUCCCACUGGUUUACCAAUCACUCGGCUUCGAUCGGUAUCCGAAAACUCUGAUGAUUCCCAUUCUUCCAUCAAUUCACUCACCAAGGAAGCCCUCUCACUUCAGACCCUACUCUCCAAGCAAACCGAACGAAGCUCUCAGCCUACCCAUUUCAUCAACUCUCCAUCCGGCUCGCCCAAGUUACGUCAACGGGAUCCCGAUUCGAUCUCCAAACGUAGCUUCAGUCCUACCCAACGUUCCCCAAUCAAACCAUCCACAAUGGCUGAAGAUCGUGCAUCAGCAAAAUCACAAGCGGACGAUCAAAUAGCGCUCUACCUACGUUCGACUCGUCUAACCACCUUGAUCAAACUGCAAAGACAACAGAGUCCGAUGACCGUCUCGCUAGCCGAUGUAGGCUCACCCACCGGCCAUCCAGUCAUCGUCUUCCUCGGUCUAGGCUGUGUGCGAUAUCUGGUGGGAUUGUAUGACGAACUAGCGGAGGCGCUUGGGCUACGUAUCAUCUGUAUCGAUCGCUGGGGUCUGGGCAAGACCACCGAGGUACCGGACGAGCAGCGCGGGUUCCUGGAGUGGGCCUCGGUAGUCGAGGAGGUCGCCGACCAACUGCUGCUCGAUCGCUUCUCGAUUCUCGCUCAUUCUGCGGGCGCGCCUUACGCGCUAGCCUCUAGCCUCAGACUCGCCGACCGCGUCUACGGUUCCAUCCAUCUUCUCGCGCCCUGGGUCAGCAUGACUGCCGAGGGCGGGAUCAAUGCGGGCGCCUACAAGUGGCUCAAAUACAUCCCUAACUCGAUGAUCAAGACCGUCCAGGCGGCCGAGUGGAAGAUGACCGGCUGGCGACUGGGCAAGCCCCCGAGUCUGAACCAUCCGCCCGUCGGCUUUGACGCCCGGGCUCCCGUCUCCUCCAACCAUCCUUCCCAGCUGGCCGACCUCGAUGAGGAGGAGCCCCGGACGAGUCUCGAGGAUGAGCUGGAGAGUCACCGACCCUCUCAUCCGCCACCGCCGCCGAUCAGACGGGCCUCGAAAAAGAGCGGGACAUCGAGCGAGGAGGUCGAGCAGAGCUACAGAUCUCGCAUCAGUCUCGAGUCCAACGAUCGUCGAUCGAUCGUCACUGACAGUUCAAUGGGCCGGUCCAAGAACAGUACACGAUUCAAUGGCUCCUCCUCCUCCUCGCCAUUGGCCACUAACAAUCACUCGCUCAAGGCCAACCUCUUCGGCAAGAUAUUCAACUCCCAAUCAGGACCAUCCGAGAACUCUUCACAUCAUCACUCCUUGAAACCUGCAGAUCCUUCUUCCCCCUUCGAUCACCACAAAUCCUCUACCCUCAAUCGAGUCUCUCCUAAUACUACUCCGCUCCCUCUCUUUCUUAACUCUGUCGCCUCUCCCAUACCCUCUUAUGGUGGUAGUUGUGAAGACGAAACGGAUGAGAAAAACGGAUUUAUUGUUAAUCAUCACAAAGAUAACAAUCAUCUUCCGAUUUACUCUAAUAAUAAGAGAACCUCUCAGAAGAUGAAGUCAUGUUACAGUGAAUCCAAGUGUAGUAGUAGGAAGAAAGCAGAAGAUAUGACUGAAGAAGGAGCGCGAAGGACACGGAGUCAGACGAUGUUACAGCAGCCGAUCAGUCGCCAAGCGAGCAGCAGUAGCCAGAGUCAACCGCCGAUAUUGCCGAUGAAGCCAGAAGACGAGGGCGCCGGUGGGAGCCAGCAGAGCCACCACCAGAGCACCAGUGAAGGGAAGAGUCGGGUGCGCAGGUCGCUGGGGAUCAGUCUGCUCCGGGCCUCGUAUUCGGAGUCCUUGCGUGGAGGCACCUCGGAUCUGAUCACGAUCCUGGAGAAGAACUCGAAGCCUUGGGGGUUCUCGUACGCUGAGAUCGACAAACCGGUGAAGAUCUGGCACGGCGAUAAGGACGAAAGACUCUCCUUCAAGGGCUCUCAAUGGUUCAUCAACUCCAUCGAUAAACUUCACGUCAAGAAUCAGUCCUCCUUGGUCAUCGUCAGAGAUGCAACUCAUUCACUCAUGACUGACGUCAACGUCCUCUAUCAGGUCUUCGAAUCUAUCGCCGAUCAGUGGUCCGCUUCUGCCUCUUCGCUCCAUCUUUCACCGGCUGCUUCUGUUCCUUUUCCUACUCCGAAUCCUUAAUCUUCUUCUUCUCCCCCCCCUUUUUUUCUUGAGUUCUUUUUUUCUUUUCUUUAUUAUUAUAUCUCCCCGUAAUUUAUUUUUGUCUUUUUCUUUUUGUUUCGAAGCAUUCUCUAUAUUGUUCAUCAACUACUAAACCUCCAUUUUUAACUCAUUCUAACCCAAUCAUUUCUAUCCCUUCCUUUUCUCUCUUCUUCUUUUUGAUUUGAUUUGAUUUGAUUAAUCAAUUUUGUUUUUCAUGUAUCAUUUACGUCGUCCAUAGUCAUUUGUUCAGCCAUCUAAUCUCUUUUUUUUCCUUUUUGGUUUCUAAGCAGGACAAUCGUGUUUGUGUUUGUGUGUGUGUGCAAAUCAUCAUCAUUAUCAUCAUCAUGAACAAUAUUCUGUUGGUUUUUUUUUCGUGUUCUGAAUUCUUCCGUAAUUUACCCUUAUCAUUAUUCUUUGGUUUAAUCACGUUGGC